UAUUGGUAAAAGUGGCCAUAGUCGAUGGACAGAAAAUUGGGCGACCUAUGUUUUUGUCCUCUGAACAGACAGAAAAAUGUGCAUUGACUGGGUUGAUAGCGGAUGAUAAAAGCGACUGUUGUCAUUUUAUUCGUUGCAACUUGAAUGUCGGCUGGCGAAUGUCUUGUAGGGACGGAACUGUGUUCCAUCCGUUCUGGUGUAUAUGCGUUCACCCACGCGAUUACUUAGACUGCCAAGUGGAAUCAUGUAGCGGAUUGGUUCAACAACUGGAUCCCGAGCCUUGUCCUCCAAAUAUUGAUUAUAGCACCCAGUGUUGUUUAGAAGGCGAUGGUAAGCCGAAGAUAUAUGACUUGAUAAACAGGACUGCUUAUAGAUUCAAUGGAGAGAGAGACGUGCAAGUCUGUCCCCCAGGACAAGAGUUCCUCUUGGGGAGUUGUUGUUGUGAAGGCGAUAUACCAGAGGACCAGACCGAUUGUAGUAGAUGGACGUUCAACAGGAAUGAUUUCUUGGAUGAUGAGCGUGGUGUCUUCGCCAAAGCGUUUGGUGUCAAUAAGGCAGGCGACUCAAGAAAUAGAGGGGCGCCUGCUGGACCUGAGAAAAUGGCUGUAUGGACUGGUGCAGAGGCAAAGUUCAUUAUACCCCGAUUUGCUGGAAUGGACUUCCGCAAAACGCUGACCCUAUCGUUCUGGGUUAAAAUUAACUCAAAUGAAAUUAACCAGACGCUAAUACAUAACGGUGGCCUCGGUGGCUCAGGCGCAAGUGUUAGCAUCGAGAUUUUCACAAUUAAAGAAGGGAACGCUCCAAAGAUGUUUAUUACAGGGGGUAUAAGAGUGUGUGAUAGAACUGAGGACAUAAUGAUGCAGAUAACCAAUACGCGUCUGUUCCAAGGUUGGACUUUCAUAGCACUGACUGCAUGUGUGUCACAGGCCGAGGGUAGAAACGAGAUCCCUAUUGUUACACUUUAUGUGGGGGAGAAUUUUGAAGAAGUAGCGGAAGAAGUUGCUAUGCCUGACCUUGAAACAAAACGUCUGUUCCGAGCAGCAAAUGAUGCGGCCAGUGUAUAUGCUGCAUGCGAGUGGGAGUUUAACAUCAUUUCAAACGCUGACAAAGAUACAUUCGUUGAACAUAUCGAAAAUGUUACUUUUGCUCUCGGUAAUUCCUCCGAGUACAUUUCACGGUUUUUAACGUCUAGUUUCCGUAGAAACGUAAGACUGUUCACGGAACGAUAUCUAGAAUUCCGUGACAAACCGAAUACACGUACUCUGGCAAGAAAGAAUUCUGUAAAUCAGUCAAUACGUACAUUAAAAACACAUUUAAGAAACUUUAGAAAUAUUGUGGAAAAACUUUGUGCUGUGCUCGAAGUGACAAAGAAUUACAUCCACGACGACAAAUUCGCCGAUGCACUUCAAGCCGAGUCAAGAGAAUGUUUCGUGCAACUUCAUGUCACACUGACAAAACUGAAGUCACGUUUUGAAGACGAAGAUCCAUCUCAAGAUGAUUCAGAGAGAGAGGGUGAAUACAGGUACAAAGUGCUCGAUAGAAGACUGGAGGAGGCCGAGGAGCUCACGGCUAAUUUCCGUGUCAAGAGAGAUGUGUUCAGAGAAAAUGCAGAUCCAGAACCAACGAUUCGAUUAAGUAAAAGCCCAAUGCUCAUCGGUGAGGGCCUCGAGGGAAAUAUCGACGAGAUCGUGGUGUGUGAUCUUUGUUCUGACAAAGAACAGAUCGAUGCAUUGAGGGAGAAUGGGGAAAUUCCAAGACGAUUCGCAAAGGCUGAUGUAUGAGGAACAUUCCGUCUAACAAUCUAUAUGAUAACAAAGAUACUCUAACUUGCUCUGUAUUUUUGUAAUCAACACGAUAAACUAAAAAUUACAACUAAAAUUAUUCAUCGAUAA